UCUCCUUGCUAAAGGACAUCUCCUUAUUCACAAUGACGCUGAUGGAGAAUUGUACAGAAGUGACACAGUUCAUUCUUCUAGGAUUAACCAACGCCCCGGAACUCCAGGUCCUCCUCUUUAUAUUACUCACUGUCAUUUACCUCGUAACUCUGACUGGAAACCUGGGGAUGACAGUGGUGAUCCUGUUGGAUUCUCGUCUCCACACUCCCAUGUACAUUUUCCUCAGUAGCUUGUCUCUGGCGGACUUUGGAUACUCCUCAGCUGUCACUCCCAAGGUCAUGGCUGGGCUCCUCAUAGGAGACAAGGUCAUCUCCUACAAUGCAUGUGCUACUCAAAUGUUCUUUUUUGUAGCUUUUGCCACUGUGGAAAAUUACUUGUUGGCGUCAAUGGCCUAUGACCGCUACGCGGCAGUGUGUAAACCACUACAUUACACCACCACCAUGACGACGAGUAUGUGUGCUCAUCUGGCCAUAGGCUCCUACAUCUGUGGUUUCCUAAACGCCUCCUUCCACAUUGGGGACAUAUUCAGUCUCACUUUCUGUAAGUCCAGCCUGAUCCAUCACUUUUUCUGUGAUGUUCCAGCACUCAUGGCUCUGUCUUGCUCUGAUAAACACAUUAGUGAGGUGGUUCUGGUUUUUAUGUCAAGCUUCAAUGUUGUUUUUGCUCUGCUGGUUAUUUUGAUCUCCUACAUGUUUGUAUUUAUCACCAUCUUAAAGAUACACUCAUCUCAGGGACACCAGAAGGCUUUGUCCACCUGUGCUUCUCACCUCACUGCAGUCUGCAUCUUCUAUGGGACAGUCAUCUUCAUGUACUUGCAGCCCAGCUCCAGUCAUUCCAUGGACACAGAUAAAAUGGCAUCUGUGUUCUAUGCUAUGGUCAUCCCCAUGCUAAACCCUGUGGUCUACAGCUUGAGAAACAAAGAAGUCAAGAAUGCAUUCAAGAAAGCUGUUGAGAAGGCAAAACUUUCUCUAUGAUUGGGAUUUUAACAUUGCAGUAUACACAAUAAUGUUUCAUUCAUCUCAUAUCUUC